GGGGGCUGGGAGCUCGGGGAAGCAAUAGGCAGAGGACCAAGUUUAAUAUUUCGCUGCCGGCGCGCCGGCCAUUUGCUGCAUAAUGAGGAGCCGCUUUCGUCUCCCGAGAGAAUCGCCUUCAUGCUGGCUCCUCUCGGUGCUGAAGCUAAAACCGUCCAGAGAAAAGAGAGGCGAUCUUAAGGAGACGUCAUGCUUUCUGCAACCCCCCUGUAUGGCAACGUUCAUAGCUGGAUGAGCAAUGAGAGGGUCCGCAUGUGUGGGAUUAAUGAAGACAGGAAAAUUCCAGUAAAUGAUGGCGAGGCUCCGAAAAGCAGACUGGAAUUGAGAGAAGAAAAUCACCUGAAUCACAGUGUGGUGGAUGCAACCACAGCACAUCGCAUUGACAGUCUCGCAGCCCUGAGCAUGGAGAGGUCUGGACUUAUGCGGGAAGGACUUAGAGUCCCUGGUAGUAUUGUCUAUUCUAGCUUAUGUGGACUUGGCUCAGAAAAAGCACGGGAUGCUACAAGUUCUAUAGCUGGUCUUGGAUUUACUCCUGAAAGAAAUCCAGAGAUGCAAUUCAAAUCCAAUCCCUCUGAAGCAGUUGAAAAUGCAGCUGUCCCCGGAAAAGCCCCAAAUGGCUUCAGUGCUAUAUACAAAACGCCACCUGGAAUACAAAAAAAUUCUGUUCCAACAGGGGAAACUCUAGGCUUGGACAGAACUUCAACUGACAAACAAAGUCCUCUUAAUGUCAAUGGUGCUAGUUACCUACGGCUACCCUGGGUAAAUCCUUAUAUGGAGGGUGCAACACCCGCUAUUUAUCCUUUUCUUGACUCGCCAAAUAAGUAUUCGUUGAACAUGUACAAGGCAUUGCUACCUCAGCAGUCCACUUACAGCUUACCACAGCAUCUGACUUACUCACCUGUAUGUACAAAUGGUGAACGCUUUUUAUACCUGCCGCCUUCUCACUACGUUACCCCCCACAUUCCGUCGUCAUUAGCUUCACCCUUGAGGCUCUCAGUCACUUCAGCAUCUCCAGCAAUUCCCCCUCUUGUACACUGUCCGGAUAAAAGCUUGUCUUGGAAGAUGGGAGUCAGUCCUGGAAAUCCUGUUGACUCGCACACCUAUCCACAUAUUCAGAGCAGCAAACAGCCCAGAGUUCCGUCAGCAAAGUCGGCAGCUAGCAAUAUGUCAACAGAUCCUCCCGGUCUCUUGUUGUCUCAUUCACCGAGACAGUCAUCCAGAGUUCCUCUGGUAACGCAAGUCGGGGAUGCCUACUCAGAAUUUCACAAACACUUUCCCAGAAUUACAACAUCUCCUUCUUCUUCUUCUUCAGUGACGCUCCCAAAGCCAUACAUGAAUGUAAGUAAUGAAUUUCCUCCCUCAAGACUGCCCAAUGGAAAACUUCCCAAAACAAAUGACACUGGUGAAAUUUCCCAGCCAGCUGCGCCACACGUAAGGAAAACAGGUCAUGACAGAAAGGACAGCAGGUCACCUCCGCUCCUAGAAAAACAGACUACUACCAAAGAUGUCAUUGACAAACCACUGGACUUGUCAUCAAAAGUUGUUGAUGCAGAGACAACCAAAUCUGAUCACGUUAAAAAAAUGGCACCGACGGUGUUAGUUCACAGCAGGGCUGGAAGUGGGUUAGUUUUACCUGGAAGUGAUGUUCAGAAAGAAACUAUUUCACCUUCUGGGAAUGGCUGUCCUAUCUACAGGCCUGAAAUCAUUAGCACUGCACCCUCUUCCUGGAUUGUUCCUGGUCCAGGUCCCAAUGAAGAUACAGGAGGUAAAAACGUGCAGCUGAAAAACAAAGCAUUGGACUGGGUGAUCCCACAGCAGCGCAGCUCUUCUUGCCCAAGGAUGGGAGGCACGGAAGCUGUAGUCAAUAACAUUUCAGGGUCUGUUGUCAGUGGAGGUCGGCCGGCAUCUGCUUCACCAGCUCCAAAUGCUAAUGUGGACUGCGCCAAAUCAAAUAGGAGCUCUAUAGAAAGUACUGCAUCUGUCAUACAACAUAUAGGGCAGCCUAUAGCAACAUUUGCAAAGCAUAACAAUAAAGCAGCUAAAUCCAAUGGCCAAGAAACCAGUUUCAAAGCAAAUGAGACUGCCCUUACAGCGAGUUCCAUAUUUUUACCACCGAAUGAGGCUUUCCGAUCGCCGCCACUGCCCUAUCCAAGAAGUUAUCUCCCGUAUCCCGUACCAGAGGGCAUCGCUAUCAGCCCAUUAUCUUUACAUGGGAAAGGACCCGUGUAUCCUCAUCCAGUUUUAUUACCCAAUGGCAGUCUCUUUCCUGGACAUCUGGCACCAAAACCUGGCAUUCCAUACAGCCUGCCAGCUAGUAGGGGGGAGUUUAUGACCUAUCAGGAUGCACUGGGGAUGGGGAUGGUACAUCCUAUGUUGCUACAGCAUUCCGCUCUGGACAUAAAUAAGGAUGAGAAAUCAGAAAGGAGGUCUAGAUCACAUGAAAGGCUCCGCUAUGAGGACGCGGCUAUAAGAAACCGAUUGCCAGAGGUCCUGGAGCCUAGCACCAAGAUCCAUUUUGAAGUACCUAAUGAUAAGAACAUGAAGUCACACCAAAGUUCAGGUCAUAAUAAAAAUGCUGCCAAAAGUGACAAACACCUCUUUUCAGAUCUUCUGCGAGAGGAGCAGGAUGCUAAAAGUGAAACAAAUUUAACAAAAUCUGGCUUUGCUACUGAAAGCAGUAAUCAGGUUAAUGACCCCGCAAAGCACAAGGUAGACCAAGCGACACAGCACAGAGAUUUUCUUGUAAUGCGAGAGGAGUUUGGAAGGAAUAAUGAUCUCCAUGAAACCUAUAAUAUUAAACAGGCCCAUAGUUCACCACUGUUUGGUUUAAGGAAAGAGGAUAUGUCGGUAAGCCAAAAUAAAGAGAGGUUAACAGUUCAGCCUCCCUCUGCUUUCUUGGAGACUACCCAGGGGAAUGAGGGCCCACCUAUGUCUUUUGGCAAAGUGCAGGAUGAUGCAAAACAAUUUGGCAUGGGGAAUACGCAGGCGAAUAUUGAAGUUAAUCAGACAUAUACCAAAGAUGGAACUGAUGAUGUAGAAUCUACUGAUGGCAAAAUCUUGAAACCCAAGCCAUCUAAAUUGGCAAAAAGAAUCGCAAACUCUGCUGGUUAUGUAGGUGAUCGAUUCAAGUGUGUUACGACCGAACUGUACGCUGAUUCUAGUCAACUCAGCCGAGAACAGCGGGCACUGCAGAUGGAAGGAUUACAAGAGGACAGUAUUUUAUGUCUACCUGCUGCUUACUGUGAGCGUGCAAUGAUGCGCUUCUCAGAGUUGGAGAUGAAAGAGAGAGAAGGCCAAACAGCAACCAAAGACUCAGAGGUCUGCAGAUACAGCCAGGCAGACUGGGAAAACUUGAAAGGAAAUAAUGAAAAGAAGCCAAAGUCUGUCACUCUGGAAGAUGCCAUUGCUGACCAAAAUGACAAUGAUAGAUGUGAUUUUAAUAGUGACGUAAACAACCAAGGUCAUUUUCUUGAAACUUCAGAGGAAAAAGAUUCUCAAAUUGAGAAAUGUUAUUUGGAGAGACAUUCCGUAUAUGAAAAGGCAGAAGAUCCAUUACCAGAAAAUAUCAGUCAGCAUGCAUGUCCACGUCUGGAGAGAAAGCGUAGACACUCUGGUGAGAAAGUGCAGGAUGAUGGCAGCCCAGGUGAAAACUUUGUGGAUGAACUGCAAGAUGAAGCUGUAUCAAAGGCAAAAAAGAGAAAGAACUCCAAAGAUGACUGGCCUGAGAGGGAAAUGACAAACAAUUCCUCUAACCACUUAGAAGAGCCCAAUUGUAAUGAGGUGACCAACCUGAAGGUGUGCAUUGAAUUAACAGGGCUCCAUCCCAAAAAGCAGCGUCACCUGCAGCAUCUUAGGGAACUAUGGGAGCAGCAGGUGUCACCAGAGAGAUCCCCGUCCGGCAAGUUGGGCCGGCAAAGCAGGAAAGAUUUAGCUGAGGCUGUUCAGCCAGAGGCCACUGCAAAGGUCAAAGACUGCACAGAAGAAAGGCACACCAAGAAAAGGUCAGAGGUCAAAAGCAAUAGAAGUUGGUCUGAAGAGUCCCUCAAAACAAGUGACAAUGAACAAGGCUUGCCUCUCUUCCCGGUGUCUCCGCACAUGAAGGGCCUGUCUUCUCCCAGUGCAAACAGCAAAAGGCAGACUCAGCCAAGCUCCACUCCAGCCCUGAGGUUGGCUGCCAAACAGCAGAAAAUUAAAGAGAGCCGGAAGACAGAUGGGCUGUGCACAGAAGAGGAGGAGGAUUUCCAAGCUGCAUCUCUGCUGCAGAAAUACAGAGAGUGUGAGAAGCCAUCAGGGAAACGUCAGUGUAAAACAAAACACUUGGCACUACAGGAGAGGAGAAGGAGGUCAUCCCUGACAGGGGAUGACACUACAGAUAUUGAAAAUGCUGAAGAUAAGGUCAUGGUAACAAGAAAAUUCAGAAAGCGACCAGAGCCUACUUCAGACUGUGACUCCUCACCAGCCAAAUCACAUGAGCAGAAGCUGUAUGAUCGCCUGCAGCAGACUCCCUCAUUAUUACCUGUCUCUCAGCCCUCGCAGCUGCAGAUUGCAAGCCCCCCUCAGGAGACCACCCCAAGUCGUCCCAUGCCGCCUGAAGCGCGAAGGCUUAUUGUCAAUAAGAAUGCUGGGGAAACUCUUCUGCAAAGGGCAGCUCGUCUGGGAUAUGAGGAAGUGGUACUCUAUUGUUUGGAAAACAAGGUCUGUGAUGUAAAUCAUCGUGACAAUGCAGGUUAUUGUGCCCUGCAUGAGGCCUGUGCCAGAGGCUGGCUGAGCAUCGUGCGACAUCUCCUCGAGUACGGGGCUGACGUUAACUGCAGCGCUCAGGAUGGAACCAGGCCUAUCCAUGAUGCAGUGGAAAACGAUCAUUUAGAAAUUGUCCGCUUGCUACUUUCUUAUGGCGCUGAUCCAACACUUGCUACAUACUCAGGUAGAACCAUUGUGAAAAUGACACACAGUGAGCUAAUGGAAACAUUUCUGACAGAGUAUUUAACUGACCUGCAAGGUCGAAGUGUUGAUGACCCUGGUUUGUACUGGGAUUUCCAUGGCAGCUCUGUGUGUGAUCCAAAAGAUGAAUCUGGAUUUGACAUCUUGGCAAACCCCCCAGGUGCAAGUGAUGAGGAUGAAGAUGGCUUUAGCGAUGUUUUUGAAUUUGAAUUUUCAGAUGGGCCUCUCUUGCCAUGUUACAACAUUCAAGUGUCUCUUUCUCAGGGACCACGGAACUGGCUACUGCUCUCCGACGUGGUAAAGAGGCUGAAAAUGUCAUCUCGCAUAUUCCGUUGCAACUUCCCUAAGCUGGAAGUUGUCACAAUCACAGAGGCAGAGUUUUACAAACAGGUUUCUUUAAGUCAGUUGUUCUCUUGCGCUGAGGACCUUGGAGCUUUUAAUGCAGAAAGCAAGGAACUGUUGGACUUAGUAGAGUUUACGAAUGAUCUUAAGACUUUGCUUGGAUCCUCACUUGAGUGGGUGCAUCCAGUUGAUGACCAUCCCUUGGAUAUUCAUUGGUGAACCACCAGGCCACUUAAUGUACAGUAUCUUAUAAAGUUAAUUCUUUAUGUAUAUGUGUUUAAAAUGCAAUUGUUUCUGUAAAGAAAGGACACUAUUAAAUAUGAAAAUAUCUUUCCUUUAUAUAAGAGAACUGAAUUCCAGUUGGAUGGAUUUUGGAAGAUUUUUUUUUUUAAACUUUAAUCGGUUUUUACAAAGUUGUUAUAUAAAUGUUUCUUUAAAUGCACACAGGCUUUGGGAUAAGUUUGUUUUUACUUGGAACACAUUUUUAAAAAAAAAACCACAAAAAGAACACACCCACACAUUGACUUUGUUUCAUACAAAGCACUGAUUACACAGAACAUACUUUUAUAGGUGAUGUGAUCAAAGUCAUGUGGCUUGUUUGGGAGAUAGAAUUUGGUAAGGCACUUCAUGAUAUUAUUUUUGUUUUUUUGUUUACAGAAUUACCUGCUUUGGCCAGGUAAGCACUAUUGAAUAUAAUUCAGUAGUUUGUAAUAUAAAUUAAAACCCAUAUCCAUACACAUCAACUAAUUGUAUGAACUUUUGUAUCCUAAUUUAAAAGCUGUGAAAUUUAGUUUUCACGCAUCAAACCGGAUUGUUUAUAUAUGUUUAAACAUUUUAUGCUCUUUAUUUAAAGAAGACUUUGAACUAUUUUUUCUGUACCUUGUAAGAUAUUGAAAAACUAACAUAUGUUGAAGUUGCUUGAAACUGUACAUAAACUAAAAUUUUUGAAUUGUGUGUUUUAUGUUUGAGAUCUGUGUUUUAACUUUGUAAGUAAAUUCUCCUGCCUUUGUAUUUAUAUUUUACAAAAAUUUUCUUAAAGGCAAUAAAACUGUUGAGAAAUGAAGAA